CCGGUGCUGCCCAGCCCGGUGUUUAUCUGCCGUGCCGUUAUCGCGCUCGGGGAGCGCGGUGCCCGUUCCUGGCCGCGGUGGAUGGUUGAAGUUCGUGGCCGCGGUGGAUGGUUGCCGUUCGUGGCCGCGGUGGAUGGUUGCAGUUCGUGACCGCAGUGUAUGGUCGCCGCUCGCUGCCCGCCCGCCUGGGCGCUGCUGUUGUUGUUUCUUUUUCCCCCCCGCUCCUCCCCGCCCCGUGUGUGCGCUCCCUGCCAGCGCGGGAGGAGGGAAAUGCAGCUGGAGGGCUUGGAGAGAAGCGGGUUAGCAAGCCAGCACUUGGUGGAAGGGUUGAAGGGUUGCACAAACACUGCCGGCCCUGGAGAGCAUCCAGGCUUCGUCCGAAUCCUCCAGAUAAAUACAUUUACUCUUUUUUUUCUUUUUUUUUUUUCUCCAAGAUACGCUUUGCAAGAGCAAACUGUUGUGUAAUUCCUUGUGGGGGAAAAGCUUUCCCACUUCUUCCUGCCCUUGGCCCAGAAAGUUUUGCAGCCCCUUUGCUUUGCCAGGACCCCGCAGCUGGCGUCGCUUCCCUGAGCUCCUCAGGAAUCCUCACUCUUUGAUUUUCCUGCCUCUGCCAUUCCCAUCGAUUUAUUCCUUUUCCGAUGCCGUGGCUGAGGGCCCUGGUGUGGCCCCCCUGGUGAUGCCCGCUCAUCCCAGACGUGCUCCAGGAGCUCCCAGGGUGGCCAAAAUCAGCCCCCAGAGCCGAGCAGCUCCCGCACCUCGGCCCCACCACCCCCAGCAUCUCUGGGACUGCACUGCCACCUUCACACCUCCCGGGGCAGAGUCCCUCUCCUCCGACGAAAAAGAGGUGACCCCCAAUGGCAUGGAGGGAUCGGGAUCGGGAUCGGGAUCGGCCGAGGAGCAGCCCGAGGGAGAAGCCAGUUCUGAGGACAGCUCCAGCAGCAGCUCGGAAGAGGAGUCAGAUGAAGAACAGGAGGAGAAGGAGCCCCCACCUUACUGCAAUGAGUCAGGAGGGAGCUGCUUGCCACCCUGUGAGCACUGCAGGAAUGAAAAUGACCAGAAGGAGCAAGUGACCCCCAGGAGACUUGCUGGAGGACAAUUCAUGGUGCAGCUGGACGCCGAGGGCUCCUACCAGUGCAGCAGCACCGGGCUGAUUUUCGAGGUGACGGGCGCCGCCAGGAUCACCUACUCGCUGCUCUCCUGGAGCAAGUACGCGCGGCUGGUGCAGCGGCCCUGGAUCGUGGGGGGGCCCCUGUUCGACGUGCGCUGCUCGGCGCCCGCCGCGCUGCUCUCCAUCCACUUCCCGCACUGCCUCUGCCUGGGGGAUCACGGGGCUGGCGUGGCCUUCAAGGUGCUGCACAUCAAGGGCGGCGGCGCGGCCAUCGAGCCCUCGGCCGAGUUCUCGGCGUCGCACGUCAAGUGGGUGGUGAGCUCCCUGUCCCCCGUGGGACCCCUGAUCCACAGCCAGCAGCCCCUGCAGUACCACGGGGCUGUCAUCCUCUACAAAGCCAUCGACGAGCACCCCUCCCUGUCCUUCUGGGUCUACCUGGCCACCAACAACGACUCCUUCAUCAAGGAUAUCUCAAAGGCUGUAAAACACUCGAAAAGGAAAUUUGUUCAGAUUGAAAAGCCCCCUGUAUGCCAAAAAUUACUGCAGGAAGGAAAGAAGUACAGACUGAUCUGUGAGCCAGAGGCUGAAAUCACUCCUGAGGAGAUCGAAUUUGUUGAUGGGUCACUGCUGAAGCUGAAGAGUUACUUCGAGGUGUACUUGGAGAAGCCUGAUGACUUCACCUUGUCCCUGGUGGAGCAGGACUCGGAUGAGACCGUCUGGAAAGCCAAGCUGAGGGAGAGGGACUGGAUCCACUAUGACCAGAACAAGAACGAGCAGAAGAGGAGCACAGGCAGUGUGAAGAGGAGGAAGCCAGCCCUCAACAUCCUGGAGGAAGAGGGGCUCCACUGCAAAAAGCAAAAAACUGGCGGCACUGCAGAUGGAACGGGAGCAAAAAGCUUAUCAGACAAACAGCUGCUGGUGAUCGCCAAGCUGCUGGACCGGCACUGGAGGGAGGUGGCCAUCGAGUGUCUGCAGAUGGAGAUGAAGGACAUCGAUGACAUCCGGGCCAUGGAGCAGGACGUGACCAUGCAGAAGCUCCAGGUGCUGAGGAAGUGGAGAGACAGGGAGCAGGACCACGGAACUGCAGAGGCUUUGCAGAGGAGCCUGGGGGAAAAGGCCACCUGCGAGAUCCUGCAGGCGCUGCAAGGUUUCCUGGCUCAGAGCUGAGCCAGCUGGAGGAGGAGGAGGAGGAGGAGCUUCCCAAUCCAACCAUUCUGCUCCCCUGGGAUCCUGCUGGGACUCAGGAAUGUUCCUGGUGGGAAGUUCAGGCAGGAUCCUCCAGAGAACCGUGAAUGGAAUUUGGUGUGGGUAGGAGCCACUUCCAAGGCUUUCAGGAGAGGUGGAUCCCAGAAUCCUGGGCUUCACCCUCAGGGAAAGCCACUCCAGGAGGACACCAACACUGGGAGAAGCCACUUGAUCUUUUUCAUCAGCUGGAAAAGAUUUUUAUUUCCAUCAGGGAAAAACAGGGAGAAGAAUUCCCCUGGAAACUUUCAUCCCCUUCCAAAAACCCACUGAACUGCCAGAAUCGUGAGGUGCAUUGGAUUUCUCAUGGAUCAGGGAAGAGGAAUCCAAAACUUGUACCAAAUUCCUUUGCAUAAUCACUGUAUAUAUGGAAUUAUUGUACAGAUCCUGGGCAUCCAGUCCUUGGUAAGCUGUGGUUCUGCUUCCUGAGAUUCCCAGGGAUGGGAACACCACUGUGAACUCCAGGCAGCUCCGAAUUUCCCCAUGGAAUUUCUUCUUCCCUCUUUUCUGUAUAGCUUGUCUCCAUUUUCUACAUGUGUAAUUCUUUUUUUUUUUUUUUUUUUAUGAAAAAUUUUUAUACUUCUUUUUGUAAUUUUUUUUUUACUUGAUUUAUUCGAACUUGGAUAGAAUUUAGGUGCUUAAAAUGUGAGGAGCCGAAAUGCCUGUGCUGCAGGAUUGGAAAAAAAAAUGGGGAAAAUGGAAUUUGCAGAAGAUAGGAGUGACCAGAUCCAGGAUUGUCUUGUUUUUAAGGCUGUGGGAUACUUGGGAUCAUCUUCCUCUGUGUAUGUUUGGGAAAGGAAAACAUACUUUUGAAAAAUAAGGAUUAAACAGGAAAAAAUUCCUUAAUUUCCUUCUGAAUUUUGAUUUUUGUUUUGGUUGGAUGAAGUGUUGGGAAGUUGUUGAUUUCCUGGGAAGAGGAGGAGGAGGAUGGAAGUUGUUCCUCAGCCUCUGGAAAAAGCUGGAGGUGCCACCAAAGGGGUUUUUUGGGAUGGAAAUCCCAAAAUCUCCCAUCCCAUUCCAACCUCUGCCAGGGGCAGGGGCACCUUCCCUAUUCCAGGUUUUUCCAAGAGGGAAACUUGGAUUUUGAGACCAAUUACAAGGAGGUGCCUUCCCGUGCCAGCAAUAUCCAAAGUGCUUCAAAGGAUCCAUGGUGGAUCCCAAGGGACAAAAAAAUCACCGUGGUUUUGAAGGAAACCUUGAUUUUAUUAGGCAAUAAAUAGAAUAAAUAGGGAAUAUCAUAAAUAAAUCAUGGGCUAGAAUGGAAUAUCAUCAUAAAUAAAUCAGGGAAUAGAAUGGAAUAUCAUAAAUAAAUCCAGGAAUAUUGUCAUAAAUAAAUCAA